UUCUUCUUCAGAUCACAGAAACACCUCCAGUUACAGUCCAGAUUUAACUGGUCUACGUCGGGUGGGACAACAAACCGUAUCCAUUCAGGGGGCAUGUUAUUACCCUGCGACCACGCACAGAGAGCCGCGUUUUGUAUUAUAGCACAUACCAGGCUGAUACAGGGGUUGAAAUAUGUGGGAUACAUAACAAUUGAGUUGCAGGUUAAUGUGUAGCCACGCAGGCCGCCGUUGAUUGGCUGAGACUGAGGGCAGAACCAGCUGUGCGUUUAUGGAUCAAAGGCCGUGUCGGUACAAACUUCACUCCUUUCACAGCGCAUUUAUUACUGAUUUGGCAUCAUAUUAUUCACGCUAACUCGGGGGUUUGAGGCCAGGAAGUGCCCUUUAAUCUCUUUCCAGCAGUAAUUUUGUGUCUUAUUGGGCCACUGAAGGCUUUUUGACAUCUCGUGAGAACCCCCGUUGAGUUUAAUUCAAUUUAAAGCGACAGCAUGCUUUCUGUACUGCACAGAUUUCUUAUUUAAGCCGAUCCAGCAGCCAUGCUUCAGUUCGAGUUCAUUGCUGCUGCAUGCCUUCUCACAGUUGUUCAUCUGAGGCAAAGAACAAAUCCAGAUCAAGCUGGGUUGGAACAGCAUGCUGCAUGCACAUCCACAAAAAAAACCCCAUCCACUGGUGUUUUUCCAUUGCAAGCCAGUUCUGUCUGCUUUCAGACUAAUUAAUAUAAUAAAGUUUUAGGUAAGUACCCAGUUACAGCAAAUAAAGCCACAGACUUUACUCAGUUUGUAACUUUUUGGUUAAAAAUGCCACUUUCCCAGCUGUCCUAUACAUGCAGGGUGCUUUUCAGACUGGGAGUUGGUGUGUGUGCCCAGUUGCAAUUUGGUGUUUCGCAGUCCUCCUGUUAGGUCAGCCCUCACUUAGUCACAUUAUGCUGAAUUAGCAGCGUGGCAAAAGAAGCAUUGUGCUCCGCCAGUCCUCCCUUGCUGACUUUUGUCUGCAAGAGAAAUGAAGCCCGAAGGGAAGCUAACUCCUCUGCUAAGUGCUGGAGCAGGGCCCUGGUGAAUUAAUUUCCAGCUUUUCCGGUCCACAUGUUGACACAUCCUUGGAAAAGAUAAAAAUGGCAGCCGAGCUAUCCACUUCCAUAAACAUCAAGGAGCCCCGCUGGGACCAGAGCACAUUUGUGGGUCGGGCUAAACAUUUCUUCACCGUCACAGAUCCCAGGAACAUUCUCCUGACAAACGAACAACUAGCACACGCGCACAAAAUCAUCACCGAUUACAGGGAAGGUAUAGUCUCUCCAGGGCUGACGGAGGAUGAACUGUGGAGAGCCAAGUAUGUUUUUGACUCAGCUUUCCAUCCCGACACUGGAGAGAAGAUGAUCCUGAUAGGCCGCAUGUCGGCACAGGUUCCAAUGAACAUGACGAUCACUGGAUGCAUGAUGACAUUUUAUAAGACAACUCCUGCUGUGCUGUUCUGGCAGUGGAUCAAUCAGUCUUUCAACGCAAUAGUGAAUUACACCAACAGGAGUGGUGACGCUCCCAUAACCGUCGGUCAGCUUGGCACAGCUUAUGUGUCUGCCACCACGGGGGCAGUUGCCACCGCUCUAGGACUAAAUGCACUAACAAAGCACGUUUCACCGCUGAUCGGACGGUUUGUUCCAUUUGCUGCUGUAGCUGCUGCUAACUGUAUCAACAUCCCGCUGAUGCGACAAAGAGAGCUUCAGCAUGGUAUACCUAUAAUGGAUGAAAAUGACAACAGGUUAGGAGAGUCAUCAAAGGCUGCGCAGCAGGCCAUCUCUCAGGUUGUGGUUUCCAGGAUUCUCAUGGCUUCUCCGGGAAUGGCUAUUCCCCCAUUUUUAAUGAACCAUUUGGAAAAGAAGGCCUUUCUGAGGAGGUUCCCAUGGAUGAAUGCACCUAUUCAAGUCAGCCUGGUGGGAUUCUGCCUCGUGUUUGCCACACCACUCUGUUGUGCUUUAUUCCCUCAGAAAAGCUCUAUGUCAGUCAGCCGCUUGGAGCCGGAGCUGCAGGAGAAAAUCCGUGCCAACCACCCAGGAGUGGAGAGGGUUUACUUCAACAAAGGGCUAUGAGUGUGUGCAACCCCCCCAAUCACCGCCCAACCUCAUCCGAACACUGCCAUAACACAGCUGCAGGCUCGCUCCUCACGUCUCUGCCAG